AUUAUUUAUAAACUACCUGGGCACAGUUUUGUGUCUCCAGUGAAAUUCAGUAAGAUAGAAAAAAAAACUAAAAAAAGAAAAAAACAAACUUGCUUACAAUGGAUGAAACAGAUGAAGCUAGAAGCUUUGACGGAGACCAAUCUGCUCCUGAAGCAAAGGAAAUUUACCUUUUGAUGAAGAAAGAAUACAGGAUAUCACGAAACAUCCGAGCAACAUGGUAUUUCAACCAUUUAAAUACCACAAUGACAUUUGUACCUCCUGUAAGCCUUUCUGAUUUAUCAUCAGAAGAACUGAUAGUGUUGUCUGUGAUCCCAGAGAAAAGCUAUGUCACCUUCCAGCCAGGCAAAGAACAUUCUUUCAAGCUUACCACACGCACCAAAGUGAUUUUCAUGUCCACACAGUAUAGAAUUGCAUUCGCCCUGGAUCUAAGCCCGUCUGUGUCCUCUUUGGAUUUAUGUUCAGGUCGAGUACUGUGGGAUGAUGUUUACACUUCUUUGAAGAACUGUCUUACUGGUUUAGUACAGCCUUUUUGUUCACCUGGCUCAGAUCUAGCUCUGACUCCAUCUCUUUAUGUAACAGUUGUUGCUUACACACCAUUAAUUGCAUGUCGCAAUAAUUUCGUCUUAUGUCAAGGAGUAUUGGUUACAAGAAAAAAUUUAAAAACCAUUCUUGGUGAAUUACAUCGAAUGCUCAAGGAGUUUGAGAAUGCUGUUUCAAAACAUUUUGCAUCAUUAGUAACUCUUCAAAUGAAUUCUCAUGAGCUUAGUGAAGUUACCUCUUUGAAUGACAUACCGUCUGUUGACACAAGAAGCCGCAGAUCAAAAUUGGAUGAGCAGAAAGUUGAAGAACUUAUAUCCAAACCUGAACACGGUUUUGUUAAUGUUCUCAGGUUUGGUAUUUUGGCUCUACAGCUGUUACCAGAAAAUGCAUCAGCAGGUAUUGCAGUUGUCACUGAUGGAAUGGUUGGCCUUCCAGAUGCCAGUAUGUUUGAAGCCCUUGUUGCACAGCUCCGUAACAGUACCAUCGCAUGUUCAUUUUUGCACAUUGGAUGCAGUCACCACAGUAACUUGUCCUUUGGACGGGUUCCACAUACAGAGCUGAUGAAAUUUAUUGCUACUGCCACAUUUGGAGGUUAUUUUGCAGUGUCACCUAGUGUUAAAAACUCUGGAAAUGAAUUGAAUGUUUACCACAAAGCAUUUUUCCUGUGGAGCUUUCAGAAAGGUUUAACAGGAUUUGAAGUUCCAGAUACUGGUUUGAAUUGCAGACAAGAUCAUACAUCAGGGCGGCCUUCUUGGGUUGGCAGGCUUUUGACCCAUCCAGUUACGAAUCAAGAAAUCAAUGUUGCACCAAUGGUAAGGAAAAAGCACAAAGAGGUCAAUCUCCAAACCACUAUAUCUGGAGUGCUGUCAUUACGAUUGCGAGAAGGUUAUACAAUCAAAGAGGUGAACCUAAUUAAAGGUGAAAGCCAGAUUGAAGUUCGUCUUUUGUUACCAUGGAGGGAAUAUGCUCGCAUUGAAUACAUUGCUACAGCAUCAUGGCCUUUGUCUCCAAACAAGCGUUACACUCGUGUAGAAAUAAUAAUUGAAGGCAGCUAUGAUUUUCUUCAUGAGAUGACUUGUACUGACAAACGCCCAUCCAAAAGUCCAUUCCGCACUGCUCAUGUCAAAAAAUACUGGCAAUCUUUACAAAACCUGAUGCAAACAGACCAACUAUUGGUUCAUCUUCAUUCUUUUUCCUCCAAUGCUGUAAAUUACACUGUUCCAAAAACACUAAAGAAUGGAUUGCCACUUCUACCAGCAGAAUAUUCUUUACAGCAAGAUCCCAGUUUAAAUGAGUUGAUCAAAUUCUGGAAUCCAAUUGCCAGUUUAGAUAUCAAUAUAUGGCAAAAAUGGAUGCACACACAUCGAAUUGGUAUCAUAUUGCGGCAUGAUACUCCUCUGAAAAAGUACCUGCACACUCCAAAUUCCAAUGGCUACUUCCAGUCUGUACACUGUUAUAAAGCUAUGACUGCAUUGAACAACAUGUUGAAACACUGGUGCACAUUUGUCUUGAUGGAGAAUCACUCUAACCUCACAUACAUGUACAUAAAAUUUAAUAACAGUGAUUCUGACAAACCUCCAAGCACAUUUUAUAUACUACGUGUAACAUCAAAACCACCUUGUUUGGUGUUGCGGCUUGCAUUCCUUGGUGGAACAGCUGGACAUGAACGGCAUGCAGUUGUAGCUGAACUAAGAGAAGAAAUCCUCAAGUUGAAACUACCAAGAGGACCUCAUAAAUCCUCUGGCUUGCGGUUAUCACUUGAAAGGAGAAAACAAGUCCAAGGCAUACCAUUGGAUUUAACCAACCAGAAAGAGGAUGACCUCUCCAGUGCCAAACCAUCCAAAAUGAGUACUCAGCUAAACAGAAAGCAAACCACAGAAGUCAAAUGUUGUGUUGUGUUGAGUAAACCAGUGGAGAAAAUUUUAAUCAGAUAUGAAAGAGUUCCUCAUGAUCUAAGUGUUGUGGACGAUCCAGCUCGUGAGAUUCCUCGUCAUACAUCAGAUGCUGCUGAAAAAGCCAGCCGUUCAGUGGCUGCAAUGUUCAACACAAUGUCACGGUACCUCUACCACAGGCGAUGGAUUUGGAGUAUCCAGCAUGGUCGUGUACCUUUAAUGCCUACACCUAUGGUGGGGCGUAUGUUGUCCACUUUGGCCAAGAUUCGAACUCAGGAAGGUUUCCACUUUGCACUUACAACAAUUGGAAUCGUGAACAUGGUUCUGGAAGUUGAAAUGAAGUCUGACAAUUCUUUCAUUAAACGUACUCCAAGACUUGGCUAUGAAGGAGAGGAUGAGAAUGAUGAAAGCCACACUUCGUCAACGUGUGUUGUACAAUAUAUCUUGUUUCCACCUAAUGCCAAAAACACUCGUGGGAGCAUAUCUGAAGAUGAAAUGGAAGAAUGUGAAUUGGCUGAGUCAGAUGGAGAGUUACAAAUAGUGACAGAAUGUUGGGUGGAACCUCAACAUGGCCUAAGUGUGAACAACCCACUGGAGAGGAAACACUUGAAUGGAUUGACUUACCAAGAAAUUGCAUCUUCGUUCUACAGCCUGGACUAUGAAACCAUCUCUUGCUUGACCACUUUUGAACAUCUGAUCUAUGUAUGUCAGAGCAAACCAGGACAUAGCUUUGAAAACUCUUCUUUUAAUCCAAGUAACCGUGGUGUAAACUGUUCUGGUUCAGAAAGGUUCCAGCCUAAUGAUCCAACAGAAGAUCCCUACUUGAAUCUUUCAAAUAAUCAUGUUUGCACAAUUCCCUUCCCAUACAAUUUGCUGGUGCUUCUUCCACGUUGCCAACAAGCACAGUUGCUAUUUUCUGCAUAUACUGUCAACCAUUCUGUAUAUCCUGACAAAGAAUGGAAAACACCAAACAAUAUUUUGUUUGAGAUUUUUUUGGCCAAACUGAAAGCUUCUCAUGGUAGAGAAAUCAAACUCUCUCUGAAAGACUGUCAAGAAUUUACAAAAUCCUUGACAAAACGAAAAACUGAGAGAACUAUGUCAGCUUCUUCUUUAUUCAAUGAAACACAGCAUGAAGAAUCUGAUCCUUCUUGUGAUAAGAAAACUAAUCUAGGUGGACAGGAGGAAGUACCAAAAGAUGCAGGUAAUAAAGAUUCAACGACUGGUAAGGAUGGCUGCAACAAUGCUGCUCCAACCAAAUGGUGUUGCUUCAUUCAAGACAUUAACCAUUCACAUAUGUUCCUGAUAUUUGUCCCAGCAUCUUUCGAUGAUUUGCUCACUCUGAAAUCCAGCAGCUUCACUGAGACAUUGCAUGAUAAUCUAGAGAUUGUUGCAGUAAAAGAGUGGGAUUUAGAUUGUCAAAAGUUACCUGAUCAGUUAUCUGAUGAGGUGCUAUCAAAUAAAGAAAGGCUUUCAAAUGAGACCUUGUCAACAACAGAACUGAACCCUCAAAAUAUAAAGGGCCAAAAUUUACCUCAAGGGAUGAACCAUUCUCCUUUACAGCCAACACAAAUUCAUUCUUUUCCACCACAAUCCCCAGCACAAGUGGACUUUCCUUUAUCUCCUUUAAUAGAGCAGCCAUCUUUGAUUCAAACUUCAGAACAAGGAAAGACCUCGUUAUCUCCUUCUCAGAUAACUAUUUCUUCAAACAAACCAAAUGUUUCUCCAUCUCAAUUGCAUGGUGGUUAUUCUCAACCAUUCCAACAACAAGUACCACCAUUGUUAUCCACUUUAAGACAUGAUAUUCCUUCAACAGAGCCACUCAGUGAUAUACCUACUUCAGUGCAUCCUACUGCAGAUAGUGCUUUUAAUUUUCCUCCCGAUGACAUAAAUUUAGAGUAUGAUACUUCCAUGUUCCAAAAGAAAGAAAACUUUGUGAUUCCUGUCUACAUCUAUGAUUGUGCUUUGUCAAGAAUCACCGACUCCCUUGUUCACAAAAGUACUUUCACCCUACCUCCUGAUAUCUAUGAGGACCAUCAGUUCCUUGAAAAUAUUUUUCUAGGAUGUGAGCCCUUCUCUAAAGUAUUUAACAAUUUAGACAUCCAUGAUGACAGCAGCGAGGGGGGUCGUCACAGCACGGCUUCUCUGGAUCGACGUUCUAAUGACAGCACUUCAGACUACCCUGGUGAAUUCAAGAAACAGAAAGAGAAGAUCAUGGAAGUGUUUUAUAGCAGCUAUGUCACAGGAAUUUUCCGAAAUUUGACUGAUCAGCACUACGUAGAUAAAAUGGACAUGGAUGCAGCUGUUAAUAUUUGCGACGAAUUGUUACCUAUAGAAAUAAACAUUGUGAAUUUCUUACAUGCUACCUGUGGACAUUUUCGACAAGCCAUCACCAAGCUGAAACAGAAUGCAGAGGAAGACAAUUCAUCUUUUUUAAGCACUGGUUCUCCACGUAAAUCAGCAGUCCGAUUUGCAGACAGCAGUGAAAGAAAUAUUGACCAGCCAUUGUUUCAGCUUCCACCAGGCCGAGUACCUAUUCCAUUGGCACCCACAGAGGAAGGUUUCUGUUGUGAAUACAUUUCAGAAUUGCAUCAGAUUAUUCCCACCAAGUUUAAGGAAACGAUGAGUACAUGGUUCUUACCAGUGCCAAAUUGUCCUGGUUACUAUUUCUACUGUCCUAUUCAGUCUGGCUUCAGUGAUAAUGUGCCAUUUGAACAAACCUCUAACAUGUCAGAACAGAAUCAAACAACAAAUGAUUCAAAUGGCAAAGGUUUCACAACUACUGAAGACACAGAUAUCUUUUUGGACUCACCAGGAUCUUUCAAGAUGUCUGAGAAAUUUGAAAAUUCUUGCAAAAAUGUUUCAAGCGAUUCUGAUUCUGACGUCCAGUCUUCGUCAAGCAGUGGCAUGGAAUCAUUUGACUCUGAUGAUAUGAUGUAUCCUCUCUUUGUUUGCUUCACUUGUACCAUUAAACAGAACUCUGAUUUUCACCACAGAAUUGUCAGCACCCUUCCAACAUGUCUGGCUGAAAUAACCAGUCAUUUUACUGACAAGCUAACUGAACUAGAUUUUGAAAACUUGAAGGUGACUUUUGAUUUCUACUGCUUAACGUUGCGUGUAGACCUUGAACAGUACAAUGAUAAGCCACCAAAAGCAGACAACAGAUCAGUAUAUUCUGAGACUGAGGAGGAAUCAUGUAUGAAAGGGUAUGUCUUAUAAUGCCAUUGAUAUACA